AUGGCAACUGGGCCUAUGCCCGCACGGAUUUUGAAGCCUCCGCGGAUAGUCCUUGUUAUCUUUUUCCCUGUCAUCAGCUUCAUUCUAUAUUUGGUCCUCUCGCUAGGAUGCAUCAACGACUCGCUCAGCGAUAUAUCCCCCGUCGUAGCCAGAUCCGACGGACCAGUCGAUAUCGGCGGCCAAGAUAUCCAACUUGACCUGCACAUUGGAUUCUUUGGCCUCUGCUUCGGGCCCGCGCCCUUCAACUGCACCGGCAGCACCGCGGCCCUGCAAAACCGGGACGAGAGCUCGCUCGCCGGCGACAUCCCCCCCAGCAAGGGCGGCGGCAACUUCGCGCUCGCGGCGCUGGCGCUGGGCCUGCAGUCGAGCUUCGCCGUGCUCAGCGGCAUCCCGCUGCUGAUCAUCCUGGCCGCCGACGUGGUCGCCAACGUCGUGCAGGUCUACUUCAUCAUGAUGGCCGCCGACAACGCCCGCGAGCGGCACGCGCAGGCGGCGCUGUGGGCGCGCAGCCUCGACUGGGCGGCCACGGCCGGUGCUGUCACCAGCUUCGCGGCCUACCGGGCCAUCGUGGCGGCCGCGUCGCGCCUGAUCCGGACCUUGUCCGGCGUGCCGCUGGCCGUGGAUGUCGGCACCACGGCGUCGAACCUGUUCGCAGCGGUGGUGGCCAUGACGACCGCGGGAGCGGUGAUCAACACGGCGCUGACAGCUAUGGAUGCCGGGUUUGAUGCGUACUUGGCCGCGAAGAACGGAGCCGGGACGGCGUGGGAGGAGAGAAAGGCCGAGACAAUCACGCCGGUGUACCAGACGAGGGCCGCCUAUGAGCGGUUUCCGUGA